CACCAACAGCAACUUCUACAAUCGGAGUUAAUUCUACGAUUGUCUCAAGCCCAGCAAUAGCCUCACCAACAGCAACUUCUACAAUUGAAGUUAAUUCUACGAUUGUCUCAAGCCCAGAAACAGCCUCACCUACAGCAACUACAAUCGGAGUUAAUUCUACGAUUGUCUCAAGUCCAACAACAGCAUCACCAAUCACUGAUCCUGCAGACGGAGUUAAUUUUACGAUUGUCUCAAGCCCAGCUACAGCCUCACCAACAGCAACUUCUACAAUCGGAGUUAAUUCUACGAUUGUCUCAAGCCCAGAAACAGCCUCACCAACAGCAACUUCUAUAAUCGGAGUUAAUUCUACGAUUGUCUCAAGCCCAGCAACAGCAUCACCAAUCACAGCUUCUACAGACGGAGUUAAUUCUACGAUUGUCUCAAGCCCAGCAAUAGCCUCACCAACAGCAACUUCUACAAUCAGAGUUAAUUCUACGAUUGCCUCAAGCCCAACAACAGCCUCGCCAACAGCAAAUUCUACAAUCGGAGUUAAUUCUACGAUUGUCUCAAGCCCAACAACAGCCUCACCAACAGCAAAUUCUACAAUGGGAUUUAAUUCUACGAUUGUCUCAAGCCCAGCAACAGCAUCACAAAUCGCAGUUUCGACGGACAGAGUUAAUUAUACGAUUGUCACAAGCCCAGCAACAGUAUCACCAAUCACAACUUCUACAGACGGAGUUCAUUCUACAACAAAUGCUUCGACCACAGCAACAUCUCCAGUUUCCCCCAUUGUAGGGCAAACUUCAACAACCGUUUCCUCUACAACAGGCACUUCCUCUAGUCCAAUAACUGCAACAUCGACCAGCAGGACAAAUGUGACAGCUGAUACUCUCGGUUCCACGUCAGCCACAACUGUGACUUCGACUGUUCCACCUACUUCACAGUCAACCGUGACGGUGGCUCAGAACACAACGGGCACUUCAGCUCCAUCAGGUGCAACCGCGUCUUCGACUGUUAUAGUUCCGCCAUCCACAUCUUCAACCGCGACAUCGACGUCAGUCGGGACAACGACCACGUCGCAGCCAUCCACAACCACCACACAGUCUCCCACGCUUAUAGAUUACAGACUUUUUGCAUAUGGCACAAAUGUAAACGAUAUCAUUCUGCAGUCCCGAUUGACAGACUUUGUGUCUCCGUACUUCAUGCCACCCUAUGAUUUUCCUUUUGGUUCCAAGUUCUUCCAGAAACUAUACUUUUCAGACAAUGGGGUGAUCGUCUUCCAGCAAAGUGAAGAGACGAAUACAUUUUCCUAUCCAAAUCCCUUCUCCAGUGGCUUUCCAACUUCAUUCUCAGUCACAAUGAUUGCUGUCUUCUGGGAUGAUUCUGACUCCUCGUCGAAUGUCGGCAAGAUCUAUUAUCAGGAGUAUGAUUUUACGGACGGCAAAGUCCAAACUUCGCACGCAAAGGAACUUCGGCAGAUGGUGCAGGCGCAGAUCAGAGCCAACUUCACGCAAACGGAAGUGCAGACCUACACGCCCGUAUGGAUGCUGAAGAUCACGUGGGAAAACGCCACAGCUGUGCCAGCCAACAGCAAUUUGAAUUACACAAACACAUUCCAGGCUGUGAUUAGCACCGAUGGCGUCUACUCAUUCUGCCUGAUCAUGUUUAAGGAUGGAGGCAUGCAAUGGAGGACGGAGGCUAGGGACAAGCUGGCAAACAACGCUUUUAUAGGAUUCAACAGUGGAACAUCUGCCGCAUACAUCGACCCAGUGUCAUUGAAUGCAACAACCAAGUAUCGUCCCGACCAGGUCAAAGGAUUGCUUACUGGCCUAAAUGGAAGAUUCGCCUACAAUCUGACAGACAUCGUGCCAAAUAGAAAAAAUACAAAGCAUCAGUGUCUGAAUUGGUAUUCAAACGAUACAGCUCAGCCGUCUAUCAACCCCAUCAAGAGCUGUCCCUGUUCCUUUUGGCAAGGAAUGUUUGACAUGUCCUACGUGGAUGGAAACCUCAUCACCACGUACAGCUACCAUCUUCCAUAUGUCCCGGGUGCAUUUUGGAGUCUUCAAAACUUCUGGACAGAUGCCAAUGGUGGAGGGGUGAGAUGCCACUACAACCGGUGGGGCGCCCUGGUGUCCAGGUGGUAUGAGCGCUACCUCCCCACCCCCUGGACGAGUUCGUCAAGAGUAACGAAUCAGCAGUACCUGACAAACGAAGUGGACCCGUACAACGCUUGCUGCAGAUCUGGAGACAAGGGACUGUGCAAUAUGUACCAGCAGAGGCGUCCCUCUGACCGUUGUUCAUACUACAGACCACCUUUCUACGCAAUUCUCAUUGGUGACCCUCACAUCACAACACUGGACAACGUCCCUUACACGUUUAACGGCCUUGGAGAGUCCACAAUCCUGGAAGUGUUUACAAACAAUGUCAUGAACUUCACCAUGCAGGGUCGAACUGGAAUUGCAAGCGCCAAUGCGAGUGCCAAUGUGACCACUAAAGCCACUUCAUUCAUAGCCAUCGUAGCACAGCAGAUCGGUGAUGACAAGGUUGAAUGGAUCCUGAAGAACACCAGCAUUGUAAUGUUAGUCAACGGUGCAGUUGUGGGUGUAAACGGUUCGUUAGGUUCGUAUAGCAAUGGAAACAUAGCGAUUAAGACGGGCCCAGCGAAUGUGGCGGCCGUGUUCUCCUCGGGCAUCUCUGUGAAUGUGUCGGGGACUUCAGGAGCCCUCAAUUUCAUCACGCUACUGCCCGAGCGCUUUGCAUCUGCCAAAACAAAGGGCCUGCUGGGUGUCUCGGAACUGACGGCUGCCGACGACCGGCGACCGGAUCCCCGCGGCACGGACGGUUCUUCCAGGCCCGAUCCGGAACACAUCUCCAUGUCGUCUUGCGCCAAGACGACAAUGUCUAACUCGUCAGCCAACAGCAGGAUUUUCUCCGUCACCAUGGCGUCCACCCCUUCCUCAUCCAUCCGCAGGAAAGCCGUUUUCGCCAGUGCCAGGAGAGCCGUACGACGUUGCGGUGUGGAUGGACUUGGCCCUGGCUGCUCGGUGUCGCCUUCAGCCAUCUCCGGCUCAAAGUCGGCCGUGGUUUCCUCCGCCCCCGGUUCCCUGGUACGAGCCGUCUGUCUCGUGUCCAUCUUCGUAGAAGACCACUUCUGA